GAUGGAAUGAAAUUUCGUGUUACCCUAUAAAUAGCGAAAAACCCUUUAAUUAUUGUCUCUUGUGUUUUUUUUGUUCUCCCUCCUUUUCCUUGCCAAACACUCUCUCGCCUCUUCAGGAAUCUGCAACCCUAGCAAAACCCUAACCACCUCCAUCGCUAAACGGAGGUGAGAGAAGUUACUGAGCACCUCCGAUCAUAUCCCUUCUCUCACCUCAUUAUCGCCGAUCCAUCUUCGCUUUCCUUCAGACAGGGAAAGAAUGGCGUCUAUGUUGCAGGAAGCCCCGGCAGGAAGUGCACCACCACCGAGUGCUGAUGUUGUUGGUAAUGCCUUUGCUCAUCAAUACUACCUCAUCUUACUUAAAUCGCCCGAGCUUGUCCAUAGGUUUUAUCAGGAUGGUAGUAAGCUUGGCCGUGUUGAAGAGAAUGGUAUUAUGAGCAUUACAACUACCAUGCAAGCAAUCAAUGAGAAAAUUCUUUCAAUUGAUUAUGGAAAUCUUAUUGCUGAUAUCAAAACAGUGGAUUCACAAGAGUCGUACAAUGGCGGUGUGCUUGUUCUUGUAACUGGAUAUCUGACUGGAAAGGAAAAUUUUAGUCGGAAAUUUACCCAGAGUUUCUUCUUGGCACCACAAGACACAGGAUACUUUGUUUUGAAUGAUGUGUUCAGAUAUGUAGAUGAUGUUGAGCCUCAAAAUGGGAACGGAGAUUUGGUUAAUGAGGUUGAGAUUCUGCCUACCGCUGAACAUGAUUUAUCUUCGGUGAAUGAGAACCACACACCUGAGCUGGAGAUUCCAGUGUCUGAUUAUGCUAACGGCACAGAAGUGUCUAAUCCUACAAAUGGAGAAGUUGUUGAAGAAGAAGAAGAGGAAUCACCAGUGGCUGAGGUGGUUGAUGAAAUUCCAGAUGAUUUGAAGAUGCCUGAAACCAAUCCCAAAAUUGAAGAUCUGCCAAAGAAGUCUUAUGCCUCGAUCGUUAAGGUUAUGAAGGAGACUGCAGUGCCAUUUUCAUCUCCUACACCUCCUUUGAGGACUGCACAAAAGAACAAAGAACAACCCGUGUCAGCUACUCCACCACCUCCACCUCCUGUUUCAGAGUCAGUUACUUUCGUCACAGUUAACCAUGAUAACGGUAACAAUCAAGAGGCUGAAGCGGAGAGUCAUUCAAUUUACAUUAAAGGUCUGCCAUUAAAUGCAACACCUUCUCUACUUGAGAAUGAAUUUGUGAAAUUCGGACUUAUUAAGAAUAAUGGUGUGCAGGUUAGAAGCCAAAAGGGAUUUUGUUUCGGCUUUGUGGAAUUUGAGGAUGCUACUGCUGUCCAAAGUGCUAUAGAGGCAUCACCAGUUACUAUUAAUGGGCGUCAAGUAGUUGUUGAGGAGAAGAGGUCUACCAACCGAGGGAAUAGGGGAAGGUUUCAACCUGCAAGGGGUAAUGGAUACAGGAAUGAGGGAACAAGAGGACGUGGUUAUGGAGGUGGCCGAGGAUAUGGUGGUCGUGGUGAUUUCAAUGGUAGGUCGGACUUUGGAAACAGGAAUGGGAACCGAGGAGGAGUGGCAAACCGUGGAGGGGAUGGCUAUCAGAGAGCUGAGAACGGUGGACGCAUGACUGCAGCAAGUGCAAAACCUGCAACAGUUCGGGCGCCACUGCCACCACCUGCGCUUACCGUUGGGAACUAAGCUUAGAGUGGUUGAUUUUGUUUCGAAGAUCACUGAUUUGUAAGUCUUUGGAUAGAAUUUAGAGGGUUGUGUCCAAUUUUUCAUGGGUACAUGAUAUUUUUAUAGGAUGAUGUUCUGCUAACCUUUUUUUUUACUUUUUUCUUUUUACCUUAUUCUUCUUAUAUGAGUGGUUUUGAAUUGUAUGGUCAUUGAAAUUUCGCCUAGUAUUUUAGUGAAUAGUGAUCGAUUAAAUCAGGAGAAUCUGUUCAUUUUGGAGUC